AUGCUGCCCGCCGGGUGCGGUCUCCUCUCGUGCCUCCGCCGCGACAAGGGUGAGGCGGCGAGGCGAACCGACCCCCGCGUCGCGGACGAGCCCGCGUCGUCGUCGUCGCUCGGCAAGGGCAGCAGCGGGGCGGCCAGGCGGUUCGCGUGGGCCGAGAUCGAGUCCGUCACGGCGGGCUUCUCGUCCCGCGUCAUCGGCCAGGGCGGCUUCAGCACCGUGUACCUGGCCUGCCUCUCCUCCUCCCGCCUCGGCGCCGUCAAGGUGCAGCGCAGCAGCGAGCGACUCCACCGCGCCUUCCGUCAGGAGCUCGACGUGCUCCUCUCGCUCCGGCACCCGCACAUCGUCCGCCUCCUCGGCUACUGCGACGAACGAGAGGAAGGCGUGUUGGUGUUCGAGUACGCCCCGAACGGCGACCUCCACGAGAGGCUCCACGGCCGUUGCAAGGCGUCGCCGCUCCCGUGGGCACGGCGCAUGGCGGUGGCGCUCCAGGUGGCCAUGGCGCUGGAGCACCUCCACGAGAGCCGCGACCCGGCGGUGAUCCACGGCGACAUCAAGGCCUCCAACGUGCUGCUGGACGCCAGCCUCGACGCCAAGCUCUGCGACUUCGGCUUCGCGCACGUCGGCUUCUCGGCCGCGCUCCAGCCGCCGCCGGACAACAACGCCGCCGCGGCGCCGUCGUCCAGGGCGCCGGCGUCGGCGGCGCGCCCCGUCUCCGUCAUGGGCUCCCCGGGCUACGUCGACCCGCACUUCCUCCGCUCCGGCGUCGCCACCAAGAAGAGCGACGUGUACAGCUUCGGCGUGCUGCUGCUGGAGCUCCUCACGGGGCGGGAGGCCAUGUGCGCCGACACGGGGCGCCGGCUCGCCGCCGCGGUGGGUCCUACGCUACUCGGCGAAGGAGGAGGAAAAGUAGCCGACGUGGUGGACCGGAGGCUCGAGGGCCAGUACGAUACCCAUGAGGCGGCGACCGUGGCGGCGCUCGCGCUGCGGUGCGUCAGCGAGGGCCCCGGGAUGCGGCCCUCCAUGGCGGAGGUGGUCCGCGAGCUCCAGGAGAAGACCACUGCGCUGAUCUCGGCCGCUGGAUGCAAAUCAGCCGGCAAGAUGGAUUCCUGA